UGUGUACAGGAGCAGCUCCGUCUCACCUCUGCGUGACACUGCUGUCGGUGAGCCGUCGCCACGUUUCCUCUGCACGAGCCGGUGAUCACAACCCGGUCACUAAGGGAGGUGAAGUCAUGUUCCGACUCCUCAGUCGUCAUGGUAACAGGACGCCGAGCUGCCUCUCAGGCCAGCGUCGCCAUGCCCACCACAAGGCCGUCAUCGCCAUCCGCCGUGAAGACAUCAACCCCUGGGAGAGGAGGGCGCCGCUGGCCCCGCGCCACGUCAAAGAGCUCACCCACGCCGGCGUCAAAGUCCUGGUCCAACCCUCCAACCGCAGAGCCAUCCACGAGAAGUAUUACAUGAAAGCGGGGGCCAUCGUUCAGGAGGACAUCUCAGAGGCUUCGCUCAUCAUCGGGGUGAAGAGGAUGCCUGAGGAGAAGGUCAUUCCCAAGAAGACCUACGCCUUCUUCUCCCACACCAUCAAGGCUCAGGAGGCCAACAUGGGUCUACUGGAGGAUCUGCUGAAGAAGGAGGUGCGUCUGAUAGAUUAUGAGAAGAUGGUGGAUCCUAACGGCUACCGGAUCGUAGCGUUUGGCCAGUGGGCCGGCGUCGCAGGAAUGAUUAAUAUUCUUCAUGGACUGGGUCUGCGUUACCUGGCUUUAGGACAUCACACUCCCUUCAUGCACAUCGGCAUGGCUCACAACUACCGGAACGUCAGCCAGGCCAUCCAGGCAGUGAGGGAUUGUGGGUAUGAGAUCUCCAUGGGGCUCAUGCCGAAAUCCAUCGGGCCCGUGACGUUCUGCUUCACUGGGACCGGCAACGUCUCCAAGGGAGCCCAAGACAUCAUCAACGAACUUCCUGUUGAAUAUGUUGAACCUCAUGAGUUGAAGGACGUGUGUGAAGCUGGAGAUAUGACCAAAGUGUACGCCACCGUUCUGAGCCGACAUCACCACCUGAUCAGGAAGAGCGACGGUGUGUACGACCCCUUCGAGUACGAGCACCACCCCGAACUCUACACCUCCAACUUCAGGACCAACGUGGCUCCAUACACUAACUGCCUGAUCAACGGUAUCUACUGGGACCCUCACACCCCCCGACUGCUGCGACGGCUGGACGCUCAGAAGCUCAUCAGACCUCCCAAGAUCUUAGCGACCGCCAGCGAAGGAUCACCGCAGCUGCCUCACAAGCUGCUGGCCAUCUGUGACAUAUCAGCUGAUGCCGGCGGCUCCAUAGAGUUCAUGAACGAUUGCACAACCAUCGAUAAACCUUUCUGCAUGUACGACGCCGACCAGCACAUCGACCAUGACAGCGUGGAGGGAAACGGGAUCCUCAUGUGCUCCAUCGACAACCUUCCCGCUCAGCUUCCCAUCGAGGCCACCGAGUACUUUGGAGACAGACUCUUCCCCUACAUCUGGGAGAUGCUGCCUUCAGACGCCACCAGACCGCUGGACGAAGAGGAGUUCAGCCCACAAGUCAGAGACGCUGUCAUCACCUCUAACGGAGUCCUCACCCCGAAGUUCGAAUACAUUGACAAACUUCGGGAAAGAAGAGAGAAAGCUCAGAUCCUGAAGAAGAGCGGCAUGAAGCGUGUUCUGCUGCUGGGAUCCGGUUACGUCUCCGGUCCCGUCGUUGAGUAUCUGACCCGCGAUGAGAGGACUCAGGUCACCGUCGCGUCGGUGCUGCUGAGGCAGGCGGAGGAGCUGGCAGCUAAGUAUCCAAACACCAUCCCAGUGAUGCUGGACGCCACCAGUCAGGAAGGACACCUGGACUCUCUGGUCAAAGAUCACGACCUGGUCAUCAGCAUGCUGCCGUACGCUUACCACCCGCUCAUCGCCAAGCACUGCAUCAACAGGAAGGUGAACAUGGUGACGGCCAGCUACCUGAGUCCUGCCAUGAAGGAGCUGCAGAGCAGGUGA